UUGUGCCGGACAAGUAUCCGCCGUGGUCCCUUCAGGCAUGGAGGAGCUGUUGUAUGCCAAGUUCGUCUCUCAGAAAAUCAGCAAAACCCGCUGGCGGCCGGUGCCCCCGGGGAGCCUGCAGAUCGCCGAGACCUUCGCCACGGGCUCCUGGGACAAUGAGGAAAACCAUGUUUCCCUGUGGUCUGUCGGGGAUUUCGGAAACUCGGACUACGAUGGAGGCUUAGAAGGAGACCAUCGCUUGCUGUGCGAUAUCAGACACCACGGCGAUGUCAUGGACUUACAGUUUUUUGACCAGGAAAGAAUUGUAGCUGCUUCAUCAACAGGAUCUGUAACAAUUUUCCUUUACCAUCCAAACAACCAGACGCUGUCAGUCAGCCAGCAGUGGAACGCAGCUCACUAUCACACAGGUCCCGGCAGUCCUUCCUAUAGCAGUGCGCCAUGUACGGGAAUUGUGUGUGACAACCCAGAAAUUGUUACGGUUGGAGAAGACGGUCGAAUCAAUCUCUUCAGAGCUGAUCAUAAGGAAGCUGUAAGAACCAUAAACAAUGCAGAUAGCAGCACACUCCAUGCCGUAACCUUCCUUCGCACUCCUGAGAUUCUCACGGUAAAUUCAAUUGGACAGUUAAAAAUAUGGGAUUUCAGACAACAAGGAAAUGAGCCCUCGCAGAUAUUAUCACUGACCGGAGACCGAGUGCCGCUGCACUGCAUUGACAGACAUCCCAACCAGCAGCACAUUGUCGCUACCGGAGGCCAGGACGGGAUGCUGAGUGUCUGGGAUGUAAGGCAGGGUACCAUGCCCGUGUCUCUGCUGAAGGCUCAUGAGGCCGAGAUGUGGGAAGUGCACUUCCACCCUUCCAAUCCCGAUCAUCUCUUCACGUGUUCUGAAGAUGGAUCCCUCUGGCACUGGGAUGCCUCCUCCAACGUCCCUGAGAAGUCCUCACUCUUUCAUCAAGGGGGAAGAACCAGCACGUUUCUGUCUCAUAGCAUUAACCACCAGGUUAACGCUCACCAAUCUCUAAUCAGUUCUUGGCUUAGCACUGACCCUGCGAAAGACCGCAUUGAAAUCACCAGCUUGCUCCCCAGUAGGACUCUGUCUGUGAACAGUUUGGAUGUUCUAGGUCCUUGCCUUGUGUGUGGAACUGAUGCAGAAGCAAUUUAUGUUACUAGACAACUUUUCUCAUGAAAGUAUGGAGGUAAAAUGUACAGAUAGCCUUGUUAAUCCCAAACUGUGUACAAAUUUUAUUAUUAGAAAAUAUGAGAUUUUCAGAAUGUCAAUAAACUGUGGCUGAUAUUGA